AUGUCGUCGUUCUGGCAUAUGUCUCGAAUGAUGGAUCGCAUCAUGGACGAGUAUUUGAGAGAAAUGCACAGGUCCUCGAACCAGCCCAUAGCACCCUACUGGCGGGACGCCGAUCACUCAGUGCUGCAGGUUGCAAAUGAGGCGCACCAGGUCAUUGACGAUGAUAAGAAGUUCGCCAUUUCAUUGGAUGUGUCACAGUUCAAACCAGAGGAGUUGAAGGUCAAUUUGGAUGGCAGGCUGCUGACCGUUGAAGGCAAGCAGGAGUGCAAGAACGAGAACAGCUUCAUGGCCAGGUAUGACCAGAUGCUACAGAGUUAUGUCAAACUCAUGCCACCGUUUUCAGGUCGUUCAUCCGCUCUUGGAGUCUUCCCUGAGGACGUGAAUUUGGAAGGUCUGAAAACUGAACUCAGCGACAAAGGCAAGCUCACCAUCGAAGCUCCGAAGAAUCCGAAUACUUCGAAGAAGAGUAUUCCCAUACAGCACGGUUCUUCUUGCUCCCACAGUCAAAGCACCCACAGUCACACUCACACCCGUAGUCGCAGUCGUCGUGAUCAUUAG